AUGUCUCAACUUUAUCGUACAAAUUCAGGACGAAUUCCUAAUAACCAACAAGAAAUUUUCGAUACUUUGUCUGAAAAUGAAGAAAUUUAUUUUGAAGUUUUUAGAAACUUUAAUUCAAAACGAAAAAGAGAAUUCAAAGAAGAAAUUGAUUCUAUUGAUUACAGAAGACGUGAAAUGAAGGUCUUCCAAACUACAAAGAAAGUUUAUAAGAAGUUGAAGGGUCAUUCAGAUAUUGAUAAGAAUGAUUCUGACUCGCAGUUUUUGUUCUCUGAAUAUUAUCAUGUCUUUGGUAAAUCAAAUUCUUUAAGCCAACAUGAUCGCUCUUGUGUUGGCCGUAUCUUGAAACCGAAGAAAAAAAUUCAGUUGAAGUAUGUUAAAAAGGUUGUUAAAGACGAUCUUGAAGAAGUUGUCCAGGCGAAAAAUGAUAUUAGAUUCGUUGCAGGAAAUGCAGGAAUCACUAGAGCAGCAUUUAAAUAUUGUAAAUGUAAAUAUAUUUUUAUUUUAGAAGUUCUUAAAACAACUGAUGAUGUAAUAGUUCUGUAUAAACCAAAAUUCAAUAAAGCUUUUAAUUUCUUGUUAACAAAUUAA